UUUUUUACCGACUUGAAACGUCGCCAUUUGCCUUGCAAAAUCCGACAACGUUGCCCGUUUUGACAUUUGACAUUUCCUUCAAAAAGUUUCAGCCAUGGCGCCAGUAGCAGCAAAAAAGGAGAAAAAAGAUGUCAACAAAGACAAAUCCAAAAAUAUCAUGCGGGACUUGCACAUCCGCAAAUUAUGCCUCAACAUUUGCGUUGGAGAAAGUGGUGACAGGCUUACCAGAGCUGCCAAGGUAUUGGAACAGCUUACCGGUCAACAACCAGUGUUUUCUAAAGCCAGAUACACUGUGAGGUCUUUUGGUAUCAGGCGUAAUGAGAAAAUUGCUGUCCAUUGUACGGUGAGAGGCGCCAAAGCUGAAGAGAUCCUCGAAAGGGGGCUCAAAGUUAGAGAGUACGAAUUGAGAAGAGAUAAUUUCUCAGCAUCUGGAAACUUUGGAUUCGGUAUCCAAGAACACAUUGAUUUGGGUAUCAAGUACGACCCAAGUAUAGGAAUCUACGGUCUGGACUUUUACGUCGUAUUAGGCAGACCCGGAUUCAAUGUUGCCCACAGGAGGAGGAAGCAAGGAAAAGUUGGCUUUUCUCACAGGCUGAUGAAAGAGGACGCCAUGAAGUGGUUCCAACAGAAAUACGACGGUAUCAUUUUGGCAAGCAAAAAACAAUAAUUAAAUAAAUUUUGUUAAGGAA